AUGGCAAGCUUAGGCGAUCUUAUACCAACGGUCAAUAAACUGCAAGAUGUCAUGUACGAUGCGGGCAUUGAUACGUUAGAUUUGCCUAUUCUUGCAGUGAUUGGAUCCCAAUCAUCGGGCAAAUCUUCGAUUUUGGAGACCCUAGUAGGCAAGGAUUUCUUACCUCGCGGUACCGGAAUUGUCACAAGACGUCCUCUUGUGUUGCAAUUGAACAACAUAUCUCCUGAAAGUCCGUUAACUGAGAAUGAGGUGACCAGUUCUCGGGGUGACAGUUCAGCUGACCACGAGGAGGGAGAGAUGUCUCUCCAAGAUCACCUUAACAAGGCACAGGGAAUUGUGAAGGAUAGUACGAAAGAGGUUCGCGAGUGGGGAGAAUUUCUUCACAUUCCAGAUCGCCGCUUUUAUGACUUCUCCCAGAUCCGCGAAGAAAUCCAAAAUGAAACCGCUAGAAUUGCGGGAAAAAAUAAAGGAAUCAGCCGGAUUCCAAUCAAUCUGAAAAUCUUCUCUCCCCGCGUACUCAAUCUUACUUUAGUGGACUUGCCUGGUAUCACAAAAGUCCCAAUAGGUGAGCAACCUGCAGAUAUCGAGAAGCAGAUCAAAAAUUUGAUAUUGGAGUAUGUCGCGAAGCCGAAUUGCAUCAUCCUGGCGGUUUCGCCCGCAAAUGUGGAUCUAGUGAAUUCAGAAUCUCUGAAACUGGCUCGGGAAGUGGAUCCCAUGGGGAAAAGAACAAUAGGUGUCAUAACAAAACUUGAUUUGAUGGAUAGCGGUACAAAUGCUAUUGAAAUCCUCUCGGGUAAAUUGUAUCCUCUCAAAUUGGGCUUUGUUGGCGUUGUGAACAGAUCACAACAGGACAUUCAGCUAAACAAAAGUGUCGACGAGGCACUGGACAACGAAGAGGAAUUUUUCAGUCGCCAUCCGGUAUAUCGGACAAUAGCUACCAGAUGUGGGACGCGCUACUUAGCCAAGCUGUUGAACCACAUUUUGCUUUGCCAUAUCAGAGACAAGCUGCCAGAUAUCAAGGCAAAGUUGAACACUCUCAUUGGCCAAACGGAGCAAGAACUAGCCUCUUACGGAGGUGAGGCCACAAUCACACCCGAGAAUAGAGCUGGUUUGGUUUUGCAACUUAUGAACAAAUUCGCUACGAGGUUUGUAUCAUCAAUUGAGGGAACCUCAACCGAAAUCAGCACCAAGGAGCUUUGUGGGGGAGCUAGAAUCUAUUACAUAUACAACAGCAUUUUUGGACGUACCCUCCAAUCCAUCAAUCCUAAUCACAAUUUAUCGAAGGGAGAUAUUAGGACGGCAAUUAGAAAUUCAACUGGCCCCAGACCUUCCCUGUUCGUACCCGAGCUCGCCUUUGAUUUGUUGGUCAAACCACAGAUUCAGCUUUUACUGGAUCCCUCUCAACACUGUAUUGAGCUCGUUUACGAAGAACUCAUGAAGAUUUGUCAUAAUUGUGGAUCGCCCGAACUUGCACGGUACCCUAGAUUGCAAGCAAAAUUGAUCGAGGUGGUAAGUGAGCUUUUGAGAGAUAGAUUAGGACCCACUCGUUCCUACGUCGAAAGCCUGAUUGAAAUUCACAAAGCAUACAUCAAUACAAAUCAUCCAAACUUUCUGAGCGCCACAGACGCAAUGGCCGAGAUCGUCAAGAACAAAAAAUCGCUCUCGUUGGCGAGGGAACAGGAGAGCGACUCGACUAGCGAUAAUGAGAUUGUUGACCAAAAAGCCCCAAAGCACAAUAGUUUCGCUAAUGGAGCCUCUAAAACUGAACAUGGCGAGCUACAUGACAGCGAUUCAGACUAUAACUCGGAUCAGUCCAUCAAAAAUUCGAAGGAUUCAUUUCUGAACUAUUUUUUCGGGAAGGAGCAAGGGAAUCAAGCAAAUGAUGAUGGAUUACACUUGACACAAGGGUUGGGGGAAGAGCAGGAUUCGAUGCCUGAAGACGCCAUGCUAAAUUUUAAAGGCCUGAAUAUCAGCAGCAAGGGAGACUACUUCGGAAAAGAAAAUGUCGAGCUGACCGAGAGAGAAGAGCUCGAGUGUGAACUUAUCAGACGCUUGAUCUCCUCCUAUUUCGAUAUCGUUCGAGAAAUGAUCCAGGAUCAGGUUCCUAAAGCAGCCAUGUGUCUUUUAGUGAAUUUUUCCAAGGAAACUAUUCAAAAUCGCUUAGUGACGAAACUUUACAAGGAGAAUCUUUUCAAUGAUUUGCUGCAAGAGGAUCAAAGUCUCGCUCAGGACAGAGAGAAAUGUAUAAAACUACUUGAGACUUACAAAGCGGCCUCGAAGAUCAUCGGCGACAUUCUAUAA